AUGGACUCAAUGAUUGAAAAACAAAACAAGUCCAUAGUUGAAAUUCUGUACAAGGCAUUAUUAGGCCAAGGAGCAACGGAAUUCCAAACGGUAUCAAAAUUGCUAGCAAGUGAUCUCGAGUAUUGGUUCCAUGGUCCACCAAAAUGCCAGCACAUGAUGAAGGUGUUAACCGGUGAGAUACAUCACAAAAAAGGCUUCAAGUUUGAGCCAAGAAGUGUGAGCUCGAUUGGUGAUUGUGUGAUAGUUGAAGGAUGGGAAGGUGAAGCUUAUUGGGUUCAUGUCUGGACAUUGAAGAAUGGCUUGAUUACGCAAUUUCGAGAGUAUUUUAAUACAUGGCUUGUUGUGAGAGAUUUGAGGCCAUUGAGAUGGGAAGAGGAUCAUCAUCAUCAUCAUAAGCAUGAUAGUAUGAUGACAUUGUGGAGAAGUCAACCUCGUGAUCUUUAUCGUAGGUCACUUCCUGGACUUGUGUUAGCUAUUUAG